GGCUGGGCUGAUUAGUGGCUAUAAGGACAAAACUUUCGUCCAGUUCUUACAAGUUAAGGAGAGCAGACGUCCUCCGCUGCCAGAAUGAAAUGGUUGAUCUUUUUAGCGUUUUACAUUUGGAUGACCAGUGGAUUACAAAGAAUAACCCUGAAAAGACACCCAUCUUUGCGGCAAAAAUUGAGGGAACGUGGGCAAUUGGCUCAGUUUUGGAAGAAAUAUAAGGUAGACAUGAUAAACUACACUCAAGACUGCUCAGUCUUCCAAGAAGCCAACGAACCCCUCUUUAACUAUCUUGAUGUGGAAUACUUUGGACAGAUAUCCAUUGGAAACCCUCCACAGAGUUUUAAUAUACUGUUUGACACUGGUUCCUCCAAUCUCUGGGUACCAUCUGUUUAUUGUGUCAGCAAGGCUUGUGUUGAACACUCCAGAUUUCAGCCAUCAAAGUCCAGCACCUACACUGAAGUGGGUACACCUUUUUCCAUUCACUAUGGCACUGGUAGCUUGACAGGAAUAAUUGGAAUGGAUCAAGUGACUGUUGAAGGACUCACCAUAGUAAAUCAACAGUUUGCAGAAAGUGUCUCUGAACCUGGUAACACCUUUCUGGAUGCAGAAUUUGAUGGGAUACUUGGUCUGGCCUAUCCAUCCUUGGCUGUGGAUGGUGUCACCCCUGUAUUUGAUAAUAUGAUGGCCCAAAACCUGGUGGACUUACCAAUAUUCUCAGUUUCCAUGAACAGAAACCCUUAUUCUUCUAUAGGAGGGGAACUGAUUUUUGGUGGCUAUGAUGAGACCUAUUUCAGUGGAAACCUUAGCUGGAUUCCAGUCACUAAGCAGGGAUACUGGCAGAUCCAACUGGAUAAUAUCCAGGUUGGUGGAAAAGUUGCAUUUUGUGCAAAUGGAUGUCAGGCUAUAGUGGACACAGGAACAUCUCUCAUCACAGGCCCUUCUGAAGACAUAAAGCAAAUGCAAACAUUAAUUGGGGCACAGUUUAUAGAUGGUGAGUAUACUGUGGAAUGCAGCAAUCUCAACGUGAUGCCUCUUGUCACUUUCACAAUCAAUGGAAACUCUUAUCCUCUUACUCCGGAGGCUUAUACUCUCAUAGCCAUAAGUGAUGGGAUGAGCAUGUGCACCAGUGGCUUCCAAGGUUUAGAUAUAGACACUACACCUGGUCCACUCUGGAUUCUGGGAGAUGUUUUUAUUGGUCAAUACUACUCUGUCUUUGAUCGUGGGAACAACCAAGUGGGAUUGGCUCCAGCUGCCCCUUAAGAAGCUUAGAGAGUAAAGGAAUCUAAGCCUAUUCCCUUUCUUAUCUUCUUUUGAGCAGCAAAAUCAAGUUUCCUGUCUCUCUUUUUUUUUUUUUUUUGUUUCCCAUGUGAAAUGCAAUCAAGAUUGUGAGUUUUAUCUAUAAACACAAAUUCCUUGAGAUCCCCUGGAAAAGAGCUGUUUAAGUGUGUCAGUUCUCAGUAUCAAGAGCUAUGUUGUUUUUGUCUUUUCUCCUCAAGUAAAUUAGAUGAAAUAAAUCCUGAGUACUUCAAACUCAAAAUACUAGGUCACAGGUCACAGGUCACAGGUUGGGGCUAUGUUUAAACAAUUGGUUCAGAAUGAUUUAUUGAAUAAAGUGCACUGAGCUGGGUUGAUCCAUCAUGUUAACCUAUAUAUUGAAAAUUACAAACUACACUGGUUGGUUUACAUAACAUGCUUAUCCACAUUAAUCAAAAUGCAUUAUAACUGAAUAUCUUUUGUGAAUCUAGUCUGAUAUGUGAGGUUUUCUCUUUGCAAAAGAAAACAGGACUGCAUGUUGCAAAUAUAUACAAAAUUAAUAUCUUAAGUAAAUUGAUGAAUAAAUGAUAAUCUUUUUAAAUCAGCA